GUGCGCGUAGUGCAUUUCUGCGCAACGUCGACGUCUGUGAGCCUUCGCCAUUUUUAUCGAUCGCAUGGAAGCCGCCUUAGAGGCGAGACGCUGGCAGCGCCGGACUCAGCGCCACUACCCCGCGGCUCGCUGCCGACGAAGCUGCGACCACCCGGACCUCCACCACCGACCAGCUGUACCACCAACGUUGAUCGACAUCUGAAAUAGGCGGGGCUCGGGAUGAACGGUUCCUCGCCAGCCGGGUAGCGAGGGGUGCGGAGCGGCGAGGGGCGACGCGCAGGCGCGCGGGGUCGACCUCAGUCUCGCGGCCGCCGCCACUCUGCGCGCACGUCCGCGCGCUCGAAGCCCGCACAAUCAGCUGAUCGGCGCGCGCCCCGCGGCGCACAUGCCGUGAGGCCGCGCUCGCCGCCAUGACGGGCUACGCCCGCGGCGAGGCCGAUUUCGCCGCCGCCGCCGACCGCUUCCGCCGGGACGCGCGGCCAGCCUCGCUCGCCCCCAAGGACUACUCGGUGCCUUUACACGUAGACUGCAGUAUCGAAUACGAGCUUCCCGACUGUGCCAAGCCGCCGCAGGGCGUCAAGAUCGAGCCGCUGCUCAUGAUCCACCCGUCGCACUUCCGGAGGCUCGAGAGCCUGCGACGCGUUCCGUUCGUGAACAACCUGCCCCGCGGCGAUGCAGCCGCAGCCGUAACGCCUGGCAGCCGCGCGCGGGCACCGCGUGCACCGCGCCGCUGCUGUCGCGCCGCGCCCGCCCCGCCGGCGCCGCCGCCGCAGCCGCAGCCAGCGCAGGCGGCCCGCCAGCGCCUGCCGGAGGAGCCGCCGCGACCGCUGUGCUACCGCUUUGAGUCGUACGCAGCGGAGGCUGCGGGCGGCAAGCUGGCACGCGCGCGGCUGAAGCCGCACCCGUACCUGCCGGACGCGCUGGACUGUGAUAUCGCGCGCGCCGUGCCGCCGCCGUACGAGCGCUUCGACAAGCGCGCGCUGCAGCAGCUGCCCAUCUACAUGUAGCCGAGCCGGGCCGGGCACGGCGCGCCCGCUCUCUGUGAUGUUUCGUUGUAAUUAGCUAGUGAUAAGCGGACGAACCUAAUACCAAAUAGUACCUAUGUACGUUGAUAUUGUUUAAACGUUGAUUUAUGUGUUGUUGUACCGGACGUUACGAUGUGUUGUGCGCCGUCGAGGACCGUAUACCCACCAACGAAUUAUUUAUUCGCAAACGCAGUAACCGACGCUUCACGACUAAAUUAUUGUACCGUCGCCGAUUCGUUGCGUAUUCUGUAUAAGAUAUCAUAUCGAUAAUUAUAUGUUCAAAAAUUGUAUUAUAUUAAAUAUGUACCUAUAGAGUAAAAAAAAAUGAAAGUGAGAAAAAUAUUACGAAUAAAAAUAGGAAUAGUUAUGUUUUGACUAGGCGAUGAGUUCUAGAGCAUCCUGAGCGGUACCUAGACGUAUUCUACUCUCAUUUUGUAAGCGGUUAUGUUUGUUAAAAUUAUAUAUGAAGAGUCCUCUGAUGAAUAGUCUGAUUACGAAUAUUCGGCAUGUAAAAGUCUUUAUAAAACGCUUACUUAGCAUAUCAUAGUAUUAUAUUGUGUCAUAGUCCAAUGCCAAAAAUAUAACUAUCUUUUUACAAAAAUCCCUAA